CGCUACAUAAGCGAAUAUAAAUAGUAUGCAGAUACGUUGGAACUUGUAUUUUUCUGAAAAUCAGUCACUGAAGUAUGGAUGUGAAGAAAAGUGAGAAACAAACAAGUUUGGUUUUCGUUAUCAAUGGCGAAAAGUUUGAGCUAUCCAGCGUUGAUUCAUCAACUACUUUGCUUGAGUUCUUGCGCACUCAAACUCAUUUCAAGAGUGUCAAACUCGGUUGCGGUGAAGGUGGUUGUGGUGCUUGUGUAGUUUUAAUCUCCAAAUAUGAUCCUUUACUCGAUAGAGUCGAUGAUUUUACCGCGAGCUCUUGUCUCACGCUACUUUGUAGCAUACAUGGAUGUUCAAUUACAACAAGUGAAGGCAUUGGUAAUAGCAAACAAGGAUUCCAUCCAAUUCAUCAAAGAUUUGCUGGUUUCCAUGCUUCUCAAUGCGGCUUCUGUACUCCUGGAAUGUGUGUUUCACUCUUCGGCGCUCUUGUCAAUGCUGAUAAGAACGAUUCUCCAGAGCCAGCAACUGGUUUUUCCAAAAUCAAUGUUUCUGAUGCUGAGAAGUCUAUUGCAGGUAACCUUUGUCGAUGCACUGGUUACCGACCGAUCGCUGAUGUCUGCAAAAGCUUCGCAGCUGAUGUUGAUAUGGAGGAUUUAGGGUUGAACUCUUUCUGGAGAAAGGGAGAGAGCAAGGACUUGAAGCUUAGUAGGUUGCCUCAAUAUGACAAUCAUCACAAGAACAUCAAAUUUCCUUUGUUUCUGAAGGAUAUUAAACAUGAUUUGUUGUUGGCUUCUAAGGAAAACAGUUGGCACAAACCUACUAGUUUAGAGGAGCUUCAGAACUUAUUGAAAUUAAACCAUGCCAAUGGAACCAGGAUAAAAGUUGUUGCUAAUAAUACUGGUAUGGGAUAUUACAAAGAUAAAGAACGAUAUGAUAAGUAUAUUGAUCUAAAGGGCAUUUCUGAGCUCUCAAAGAUCAGAAAGGAUCAAUCAGGGAUUGAAAUUGGAGCAGCAGUGACCAUAUCUAAAGCUAUUGAAGUACUAAAGCAGCAAAGCAAGAGCGACUUUAUCUCAGACUUUGUAAUGAUACUUGAAAAGAUUGCUGACCAUUUUGGAAAAGUUGCUUCGGGGUUUAUUAGAAACACGGCCAGUGUAGGUGGAAAUUUAGUUAUGGCACAAAAGAACAAUUUUCCCUCAGAUAUUGCUACUAUACUUCUUGCUGUGGAUUCGAUGGUUCAUAUAAUGAGUGGCACACAGUUUGAAUGGCUAACAUUGGAGGAAUUUUUGGAAAGACCGCCAUUAAGUUUGGAAAAUGUACUUUUAAGCAUUAAAAUUCCAAGUUUGGAAACUAUUAGAAGUACAUCUUCAGAACAAAGAAAUAGAUUCUACUUUGAAACUUACCGAGCUUCUCCUAGACCGCUUGGAAACGCCCUUCCAUACUUAAAUGCCGCUUUCCUUGUUGAGGUGUCUCCUAGCAAGGAUUCUGGUGGAUCCAUGAUAGACACUUGUAGGCUGUCUUUUGGUGCUUAUGGGAAUGAGCACGCAAUCAGAGCAAAAAAUGUUGAGGAAUUUUUGACAGGAAAGAUGUUAAGUUUCAGCAUUCUGUAUGAAGCCAUCAACUUGCUUACAUCCACUAUUGUGCCUAAAGAUGAAAACUCGAAAACUUCAUACCGUUCAAGUUUGGCAGCUAGUUUUGUUUUUCAGUUCUUUAACCCUCUAAUUGAAAUUUCUGCGGGAGCAACCAACUUCUCAAAUGGAUAUAUCAGAGAGAUUUGAGCAGCGUUUCAGCGUAAGUUUUGUAGAGAAUCGUUCUUGUCUUCAAUCUUCCAAGUCUUCCUUUUAUAGCGAAAAAGAAGUCGGUUGGAUGGUAGAAUAUGAAUACUUAAGUCCAGUUGUAUUGUCCACAACGGUCAGUGAGGGAGUCGUAGACAACAUAUUACCAUAGUACUGUCCUUACGCCACCAUAUCAGGGAAGUGGGAAUAUUUUUACCUCGUACUGUUUCCUCACGUAAAUCAAUAUUGAUCUUUUCUUCUAAUAUACAGAGGUUUCUGAUAGUUGUUGAUGAAGCAUGCUUAGAAUGAUCAAAAAUUAAAUCUUUAGAACCUAAGUCAUCAAAGUCUUCAGAACUUGUUCAUCCAGAACCUUGUCUUUAGAGUCUUCAGCACUUCGUCUUCAAAAUCUCAUUUGGUCUUGAGAAUCUUCAAAACUUGUUCUUCCAGAACCUUGUCUUCAGAAUCUUCAAAACUUGUUCUUCAAGAACCUUGUCUUCAGAAUCUUUAGAACUUGGACAACAUAAUCGCAGAGUUAAAGAAGUCUUCAGAAGCUCUUCCACAAGAGUCACGAUCAGAAGCUCUAUCACCAACGUUCAUCAGAACCGUUAUUAUAGAAGCAUUCUGGAACUUGACUGGGUCUUUGUAAACACCACUGGUUUCUUCCAGAGUCAGAGUGUGUUGAGUUCAGAACCUGAUGACGUCGCACGCCUUAUCUUCAGAGUCAAAAUUUAUUAGCAAAAGCUACACAUCAGACAGAAACCGUUAAGAGUACUAAAUUGAUAUAAGAUAUCAUGUAAUAUUAUCAUCAAAACUUAAGGUCAGAUUCAG